AAAAUCGAAUGAUAGUAUCAUACAACGUCGCGUGUGGCGCUAGUUCAGUUGUUGUCUAUUGUCCUCCAGCCGCCGUACAACUGGUAAACGUAAUUAGGUAGUUAUUAGUUGCAAACAUCAUUUUCGAAAAAAAAAUGGUGGUGACCGUGUCCAGCGUACGUCAACAGCUUACUAAUUUAGCACACUCCGGCGGUUCGCACAAGGAUCAGGCUGAAAAGUAUCGUGCUAUACUCGAUGUUAUACUUACUUCCUCUGGUGAGGAAUUGAUUGAUGCCUUAAAAAUCUUCAUUGAAGCAAUUGUAAAUGAGAAUGUGAGCCUAGUCAUUUCGAGACAAGUUUUAACAGAUGUUAGCAAUCAGCUACUGGUACUGCCAGAUGAAAUAUCAAAAGCAGUUUCACAUUAUACUUUGGAUAAGGUUCAACCACGUGUAAUUUCAUUUGAAGAACAAGUAGCUGGCAUAAGACAGCAUUUAGCUGAUAUUUAUGAACGUAAUCAAAAUUGGCGUGAAGCUGCAAACGUUUUGGUUGGAAUUCCAUUGGAAACUGGACAAAAGCAAUACACUGUUGACUAUAAACUAGAUACGUACCUCAAAAUCGCUAGACUUUAUUUAGAAGACGAUGAUCCAGUGCAGGCUGAAGCAUUUAUUAACAGAGCCUCUCUUUUACAGGCAGAGUCUAAGAAUGAGCAGUUACAAAUCUAUUAUAAGGUAUGCUAUGCAAGGGUGCUGGACUAUAGACGAAAGUUCAUUGAAGCAGCACAAAGAUACAAUGAAUUAUCAUAUAGAUCAAUCAUACAUGAGGAUGAACGUAUGACAGCUCUGCGAAAUGCAUUAAUCUGCACAGUACUAGCUUCCGCAGGACAGCAAAGAAGCCGCAUGCUAGCAACGCUAUUCAAAGACGAACGUUGUCAGCAACUUCCUGCUUAUUCAAUUCUCGAGAAAAUGUAUCUGGAUCGCAUAAUCCGUCGUUCAGAGUUGCAGGAAUUCGAAGCUUUAUUACAGCCGCAUCAGAAGGCUUGCACAAUUGAUGGACUCGGAUCGACAAUACUCGACAGGGCAGUAAUCGAGCAUAAUUUACUCUCAGCUAGUAAGCUGUACAAUAACAUAACUUUUGAAGAGCUGGGUGCCCUGUUAGAAAUUCCACCAACAAAAGCUGAAAAAAUAGCCAGUCAAAUGAUCACAGAGGGUCGAAUGAAUGGAUUUAUUGAUCAGAUCGACUCGAUAGUACACUUCGAAACACGUGAAAUCUUGCCAACAUGGGACAAACAAAUACAAUCACUGUGUUAUCAAGUUAAUCAGAUCAUUGAAAAAAUAGCACAGGCCGAACCGGACUGGAUAGCAAAAGCAAUGGAGGAUCAAAUGGUACACUAAAGGUAGCUCGCUCAAAACCGACUUAGGUGUUAUGAAAAAGAUCGAAUUCUUUAAUGAGAUCUUUCACCGACCCAUCGAGGAAUCAUAAUGCGUUGUCACAAACGAUACGUAUCCGCAAUUUUGUUGUUCAAUUGAAAGAAGAAUUCUCCCAGUUUACACAGAUACAUUGUUGUGAAGUUUCAUUGCAGCAAUGUGAAGUCAAUUUUCUUUCUUGUAAAUAAAAAAUACUCACACGUA